AUGUCGCCGACCAAGAACGAGUUACCGCAGUUUUGGAAGAUCUUCGCACAGAACUCCUCCGAUGCCCUCCAGUUGGAGUUCAUCAGCUUGGUCCAGUCGGCCUCCGAAUCGAAUCCAGAGAUGUGCGAUCACGACGAGGACGAAGCCCCCGAGUGGCGACGAGUGGCUAAGGCGAUAUCGCAGACUCUCAUGGAAAAGGAGCUCAGGUGA